GCGGCGGCGUCCCGGAGCCGGCGGCCGCGACGGGCAUGGCCCGGGCUGCUGGCGGGGCGCGCGCCCGACGGCCGGGGCUUCCCUCUGCGCCGCCGCAGCACCUGGGCCUCGCCCGGGGGCCGCCGCCUCGGUGCCGCUGAGGCCAAGGACGGACGGACGGACGGACUGUCCGUCUUGCCCCGCGCACUCCGGCGUCAUGACGGUCCCCAAGGAGAUGCCCGAGAAGUGGGCUUGGGCACCCGCUUCCUGGAGCCGAACAAAGCCGUCCUGGGGACCAGAAGAAGAAAGGCGGGCUCGGGCCAAUGACCGGGAGUACAAUGAGAAAUUCCAGUACGCGAGUAACUGCAUCAAGACCUCCAAGUACAAUGUUCUCACCUUCCUGCCUGUCAACCUCUUCGAGCAGUUCCAGGAAGUCGCCAAUACCUACUUCCUGUUCCUUCUCAUUCUGCAGCUGAUCCCCCAGAUCUCGUCCCUGUCCUGGUUCACCACCAUCGUGCCUUUGGUUCUUGUCCUCACCAUCACAGCUGUUAAAGAUGCCACCGAUGACUAUUUCCGCCACAAGAGUGAUAACCAGGUGAACAACCGCCAGUCCCAGGUGCUGAUUAACGGCAUUCUGCAGCAGGAGCAGUGGAUGAACGUCUGUGUCGGUGACAUCAUCAAGCUCGAGAAUAACCAGUUUGUGGCGGCGGACCUCCUGCUCCUCUCCAGCAGCGAGCCCCACGGGCUGUGCUACAUCGAGACCGCGGAGCUCGAUGGAGAGACCAACACAAAAGUGCGCCAGGCAAUCCCUGUCACCUCGGAGCUGGGGGACCUCAGUAAGCUCGCCAAGUUUGACGGUGAGGUGAUCUGCGAACCCCCCAACAACAAGCUGGACAAGUUCAGCGGCACCCUGUACUGGAAGGAGAACAAGUUCCCGCUGAGCAGCCAGAACCUGCUGCUGCGGGGCUGCGUGCUGCGCAACACGGAGUGGUGCUUCGGGCUGGUGGUCUUUGCGGGCCCUGACACGAAGCUGAUGCAAAACAGUGGCCGGACGAAGUUCAAGAGAACCAGUAUCGAUCGCCUCAUGAAUACAUUGGUGCUCUGGAUUUUCGGGUUCCUUGUCUGCAUGGGCGUGAUCCUGGCCAUCGGCAAUGCUAUCUGGGAGCACGAGGUGGGGGCGCGCUUCCAGGUGUACCUGCCCUGGGACGAGGCGGUGGACAGCGCCUUCUUCUCGGGCUUCCUCUCCUUCUGGUCGUACAUCAUCAUCCUCAACACCGUGGUGCCCAUAUCGCUCUACGUCAGUGUGGAGGUCAUCCGCCUGGGCCACAGCUACUUCAUCAACUGGGACAAGAAGAUGUUCUGCAUGAAGAAGCGGACGCCGGCGGAGGCCCGCACCACCACCCUGAACGAGGAGCUGGGCCAGGUGGAGUACAUCUUCUCGGACAAGACGGGCACGCUCACGCAGAACAUCAUGGUCUUCAACAAGUGCUCCAUCCACGGCCGCAGCUACGGUGACGUGUUCGAUGUCCUGGGGCACAAAGCUGAGCUGGGAGAGAGGCCUGAGCCCGUCGACUUCUCCUUCAACCCCCUGGCGGACAAGAAGUUCUUGUUCUGGGACCCCACGCUCCUAGAAGCGGUCAAGAUGGGGGACCCCCACACGCACGAAUUCUUCCGGCUCCUGUCUCUGUGUCACACGGUGAUGUCAGAGGAGAAGAGCGAGGGGGAACUGUACUACAAAGCCCAGUCCCCAGAUGAGGGGGCGCUGGUCACCGCAGCCAGGAACUUCGGUUUUGUCUUCCGUUCUCGGACCCCCAAAACCAUCACUGUGCACGAGCUGGGCACGGCCAUCACUUACCAGCUGCUGGCCAUCCUGGACUUCAACAAUAUCCGCAAGCGGAUGUCUGUCAUCGUGCGGAACCCGGAGGGGAAGAUUCGUCUCUACUGCAAAGGGGCCGACACGAUCCUGCUGGACAGGCUGCAGCCCUCCAGCCCCGACCUCCUCAACACCACUUCUGACCACCUGAAUGAGUACGCUGGGGAAGGGCUGAGGACGCUGCUGCUGGCCUACAAGGAUCUGGACGAGGAGUACUACGAGGAGUGGGCCGAGCGCCGGCUCCAGGCCAGCCUGGCCCAGGACUGCCGCGAGGACAGGCUGGCCAGAGUGUACGAGGAGGUGGAGAGCGACAUGGUGCUGCUGGGUGCCACGGCCAUCGAGGACAAGCUCCAGCAGGGGGUCCCAGAGACCAUCGCCCUCCUGACGCUGGCCAACAUCAAGAUCUGGGUGCUGACCGGGGACAAGCAAGAGACGGCCGUGAACAUCGGCUACUCCUGCAAGAUGCUGACGGACGACAUGGCCGAGGUGUUCGUCGUCUCGGGCCACACCGUCCUGGAAGUGCGGGCUGAGCUCAGGAAGGCCCGGGAGAAGAUGAUGGACUCGUCCCGCCCUGUGGGCAAUGGCUUCAGCUACCAGGAGCAGCUCUCCGCCUCCAAGCUCACGUCGGUCCUGGAGGCCGUGGCCGGGGAGUAUGCCCUGGUCAUCAACGGCCACAGCCUGGCGCACGCGCUGGAGGCCGACAUGGAGCUGGAGUUCCUGGAGACGGCGUGUGCCUGCAAAGCCGUCAUCUGCUGCCGGGUGACGCCCCUGCAGAAGGCGCAGGUGGUGGAGCUGGUGAAGAAGUACAAGAAGGCUGUGACGCUGGCCAUCGGGGACGGCGCCAAUGAUGUCAGCAUGAUCAAGACGGCCCACAUUGGGGUGGGCAUCAGCGGCCAGGAGGGGAUCCAGGCCGUUCUGGCCUCCGACUACUCCUUCUCCCAGUUCAAGUUCCUGCAGCGCCUCCUGCUGGUGCACGGGCGCUGGUCCUACCUGCGCAUGUGCAAGUUCCUCUGCUACUUCUUCUACAAGAACUUCGCCUUCACCAUGGUCCACUUCUGGUUCGGCUUCUUCUGUGGCUUCUCAGCCCAGACCGUCUACGAUCAGUACUUCAUCACCCUUUAUAAUAUCGUCUACACCUCCCUCCCUGUCCUGGCUAUGGGGGUCUUCGAUCAGGAUGUCCCGGAGCAGCGGAGCAUGGAGUACCCGAAGCUCUACGAGCCGGGGCAGCUGAACCUGCUCUUCAACAAGCGCGAGUUCUUCAUCUGCAUCGCCCAGGGCAUCUACACGUCGGUGCUCAUGUUCUUUAUCCCCUACGGCGUCUUUGCCGAGGCCACACGGGACGACGGCACCCAGCUGGCCGACUACCAGUCCUUUGCCGUCACAGUGGCCACGUCGCUGGUCAUCGUGGUCAGCGUGCAGAUCGGGCUGGACACGGGCUACUGGACAGCCAUCAACCACUUCUUCAUCUGGGGCAGCCUCGCCGUCUACUUCGCCAUCCUCUUCGCCAUGCACAGCAACGGCCUCUUCGGCAUGUUCCCCAACCAGUUCCGCUUUGUGGGUAACGCGCAGAACACGCUGGCGCAGCCCACCGUGUGGCUCACCAUCGCGCUCACCACGGCCGUCUGCAUCCUGCCCGUGGUCGCCUUUCGCUUCCUCCGGCUCAGCCUGAAGCCCGACCUCUCGGACACAGUCCGCUACACGCAGCUGGUCAGGAAGAAGCAGAAGGCCCAGCACCGCUGCCUGCGGAGGGGGGGCCGCGGCGGCUCCCGGCGCUCGGGCUACGCCUUCUCCCACCAGGAGGGCUUUGGGGAGCUCAUCAUGUCGGGCAAGAACAUGCGCCUCAGCUCCCUGGCGCUCUCCAGCUUCACCGCCCGCUCCAGCUCCAGCUGGAUCGAGAGCCUGCGGAGGAAGAAGAGCGACAGCGCCAGCUCCCCAGGGCCGGGGCCGGGCACGGGGGCCGACAGGCCCCUCAAGGCGUGACCUCAGGGGGGCCGGGCUGGGAGCAGCUCAGGGCGGGGCCCAAAGGCAGAAGCAGAAGCAGAAGUGAGAACCGGGAGGCAGAAGAGCUGCCCGCGGGGCCCGGGAGUGACCGCUGGGUGCUUUUCUACUCCUCGCCCCGGUCCCAAGCUCACAAGAAUGUAUCAUGCCGGGAACUGGGGACCUGCGCGCCUGACCCCGCGGCGCCGGCUCGUCCCUGUCUGUGUCUGUGUCUGUUCGGUUUGUGUCUCUGUGGCCGGUGGGGGAGGCCCUUUCUGUAACUUCAUAUUGGUGUCUUAACUCCCCCAGGCAGGGGGAGGCUGGCGUUGGGGGGAGGAGCCUCAGCACCCACCUGGCCCCCGCCUGGCCCCGUGGGGAGAGCGGAUGGAGGGUUCAGUUCACCUGGAGAGUGAGGUGCCUCCCCCCCCCGCCCACUCACCCCCCCCCCCGUCAACUCCCGGGGCCCCCACGUCCUGCUGGCAUUGGGCUGGAGCCCAGGCAAGUGACUUCUAGCCCUGACGUUUUCCUGCCCCCAGCGUCCCACCAGCCUUCCCUCACGGGCAGUUCCCAGCCUCACCACCCGAGACUGAGGCGGGCAGGAAAUUGGCAGCUGGACGCCCUGGGCCUGGGCUGGAGGAAUAGCUGCACCCCCCCAUACACACACUAGGUGGGGGUGGGCGGGGGCAGCUGAACUCUGUCCUCCCUAGUGAGAGACGGAGAAGCUGGCGGUGGAGUGCAGGGUGGAGCAGGGGUGAGGUGGGGGGCAGCGCCCUUCGGACAGGGCUGCUGGGGUGGGUCCACCUGGCUGGGUCUCAGCACGCCCAUCCCUCUGCCCGUCCUCGCACCUCAGAACAUGCUACCAGACUGGGCGUGUCCCAGCCAGGCCAGUCUUAGGAAGGUCCUUGUGUCUGGCUAUGAAGUGGGGGUUCUCAGGAAGAGGGUGGGGUGGGUCUGAGGCCCAGACACUCAGUGUGGGGGCCCAGAGCAGGGUGUGGGGGGAGGGCAGCCCUGGGGGCCACACAGUUUACAAACCCAACAUCAUGUCUGUCUGCGUGUCUCUCAGGAGAGAGUCUGACUUUUAUACCAAAGAGGAAAAGAUUUUUUUCAUAUUUGGUUUGUCUAUAUUAUAUAUAAAUAUAUAUAUAUACAGUUAUAUAUAUAUAUAUUAUUUUUUGGUUCUCUCUCGUUUUUUAGGGAGGGAGGAAAGUACCAAGUUGCAUUGAGCUGUAAUUAAGGAACAUUCUGUAUAAUUUAUGACACAUUUCUAUACUUGCAAAAAUUAUAUCAUUUUAUGGACAUAAGAAAAAAAUAUUCCUUUUUAUAAAAUUCCCGUUUCUGAGAAACG